GCACAGUACCGUACGGGAACCAGGAACCAACAGGUUAGGCAGCACUGGACGAGGCUCGAUCACGACGUACCACCAAAAGACGAGACCGAAACAUCACCCUCCCUGCAUGAACUAGUUUGGUGAAAUUGCGUGCUCCUUCUAUACCUAGGUAUAUAAGGCCCCUUCCUUCGCCUUGUACUUUUCUCAUUUGUCCUCAUAUCCUUCUUCCUCGUCAGCCACAAAUAAUCCUCUCAAACUGAAGUUCUCAACCCUCCUCGCCAUCAGCAGUGCUGCUCUCGUCUCUGCCACUGACGAAGGCAACGGACUCACUCUCCCCACUUCGACCGAUGCGAAUCAGUUUGUCUCGGCGGUCUACUCACCAUCCCCCGUCCCCUCCGAGGUAUCGCCAUUCAUCACGCCGCUGGCCACAACGUGGUACAAGGUCCAGAGCUCCUUUAUGCACAACCCCAAAUACCCUUCCUUCACUUCGGAUAUCGUUUCGGCAAUCACCCAUGCCCCCGAUUCCGAGGCUUUGCUGCAGGCUAUGUUGACUGGUGGGGAGUGGAACAGGAACCAGGUGAGGACUCAGUCGUGGUACGACAAUCAUGUGCUGAAGGACUCAAAGGACUUUGUCUCGCAGUACCUCGAGGCCUGGGAGAAGGCCGCCGAGGAAGUGACUAAGAGCGGCGCUGCCCCUCGGGGCAUGGGCACGGGUAUGGCCGUGGCUGUGGCAGGUGUAGCUGCUGGUGUCAUCGCCGCUGUGUUGCAAGGUAGACAUCGUGACAUUUUACGCGAGACGCGUGGCGAGACGCAAUCUUUGAUAUUACAUACCAAAACAUACCCUACAAAAGCAACCAACCUUCCCCCCCGCCCCCCCUUCCCUCUCUUCCAAUUAACCUACUCACCGCAGUUUGGACAAACACGCACCCCAUUCCCAUCCGCAACCACCCCAUUCGUUGCGGCCUCCCUCUUCCCCCCAGAUAUUGAAACCCCCCUAUCAAUCUCCUUCCCAACCUUGCCAAACCUCUCCCGCCAGAGACUGACCUUCUGCUCCUCCGUCUCCUUCCACGGAUCCCGGUUAAUCCUCUCCGCAUCCACCACCAUACCCCCGACGUCUUCUUUCAGGACGAGUUUUCCCCUAGCUAUAGGUUCGGUCUUUUUGAUUUCUGUCAGCAGACCCCUCGCGCUAGCUGCUGUUUGUUAG